CGAGGACAGGCUGAACCGCCUUGCAGUGGGGUGCCCUGAGAGUUGUCAAGGUUUUGGUUGUGGAGUAUCCGAGAGGGGAGCAAGGGCGGCCACGGUUGUACAAUGCCGAAUAAACCGAAAAAGGAUAAGGAUUCUCCUAAGUCUGGUAAAGUGGGAAAGGGAGGAGGACAGGAAAAUUCAGAGCAUGAGAGCUCCAACAGGAAGACCAGCAACAGUGUUCCUCCCACCACUCAGCUGCUAAAGGGGAAGCAGCCAGGUUCCCAGACACCUGUCAAAAAGGACAAGAGGCAGAGCUCCUCUCGCUUCAGCUUGAGCAACAAUAGAGAACUGCAGAAACUGCCUCCUUUUAAAGACGUCCCCCCUGCAGAACAGGAGAAGCUGUUCAUCCAGAAGCUGCGUCAGUGCUGCGUCCUCUUUGAUUUUGUCUCAGACCCCCUGAGUGACCUAAAAUGGAAGGAGGUGAAACGAGCAGCACUGAGCGAGAUGGUGGAGUACAUCACCCACAACAGGAACGUCAUCACCGAACCCAUCUACCCAGAGGUGGUUCAUAUGUUUGCUGUGAAUAUGUUUAGGACGUUGCCACCGUCAUCCAAUCCGACUGGUGCAGAGUUCGACCCAGAGGAGGAUGAGCCCACGUUAGAGGCCGCAUGGCCACAUCUACAGCUCGUGUAUGAAUUCUUCCUGCGGUUCUUGGAGUCUCCUGACUUUCAGCCGAACAUAGCCAAAAAGUAUAUUGACCAGAAGUUUGUAAUGCAGCUCUUAGAACUGUUUGACAGUGAAGACCCCAGGGAAAGAGAUUUUUUAAAGACCACUCUGCACCGCAUCUAUGGCAAGUUCCUGGGCCUGCGAGCAUACAUUAGGAAGCAGAUUAAUCACAUAUUUUAUAUGUUCAUUUAUGAGACUGAGCAUCAUAAUGGAAUAGCAGAAUUACUGGAAAUACUUGGCAGCAUAAUCAACGGAUUUGCGUUGCCACUGAAAGAAGAGCACAAAAUUUUCCUACUGAAAGUCCUGCUGCCUUUGCACAAAGUAAAAUCUCUCAGUGUGUAUCACCCACAGCUGGCCUACUGUGUGGUACAGUUCCUAGAGAAAGACAGCACCCUCACAGAACCGACGGUUAUGGCUUUGUUAAAGUAUUGGCCAAAGACCCACAGUCCGAAAGAGGUGAUGUUCCUCAAUGAGCUGGAGGAGAUACUGGACGUUAUCGAACCUUCAGAGUUUGUCAAAGUCAUGGAGCCGCUCUUCAGACAGCUGGCCAAGUGUGUGUCGAGCCCACAUUUUCAGGUUGCUGAGCGAGCUUUAUACUACUGGAACAAUGAGUACAUCAUGAGCCUCAUCAGUGACAACGCUGCCAGGAUCCUGCCCAUCAUGUUCCCGUCCCUUUACCGCAACUCCAAGACCCACUGGAACAAGACAAUCCACGGUCUGAUCUAUAACGCCCUGAAACUCUUCAUGGAGAUGAACCAGAAGUUGUUCGAUGACUGCACCCAGCAGUUCAGGGCAGAGAAGAGCAAAGAGAAAGCCAAAUGGAAAGAGAGAGAAGAAGCAUGGUUAAAGAUUGAGAAUCUGGCCAAGUCGAACCCACAGUUUCUGAAGCACAUUGAGUCUGUAGGAUCAGACAGUCCAAUGGACAUCGAGACGGACGGGCCGCUGCUUGACGAUGUCGGCUUGCUAAAGAAAGCGAUGGCGGAAGAAGCCACCCAGAUCCAGAAAGAUCAGCGGCGAGAGCGGCCACUGAUGAGGAGGAAAUCAGAGCUCCCGAAAGACAUCUCCACCGUCACAGCAAUAGAGCUCCAUCGAAGAGCCGAGGAAAUGUUGACAACGCACGACGGCCACUAAAAGACCAUUAAGGAUUCUAUGGAAACCAGCAGCAUCCACAAAGGAACCAGGUGCCCGCAGAAGAGGGGCUAGCACAACAACAGAACUCUGGUAUCUCAGUCCAGCCCAGCACAAUACAGAACAGAGCAGUCGCAGAAAUGUCUAAAGUCACACAUCUGGACACUCCUGCAUGACCGAGACAUGCACCGCUCCCAAAAAUGAUCCAAGAACAGCUUUCAUCUUAUCUCCUCCCUAGUUUUUCUCCUUAUCCUCUCAGCUAAUGUACUUGCUUAGGUACUCUGCUGCCCCCUUCUGGUCAUUCUUCUCAGGUGCUCUGUUCUGCGUGAGAGCUGCCGAAUCUUUUUGCCUCUUGGAUAUAGAUGUCAGGUGCUUGCACAAACAAUAUGAGCCCCUAGCUGUACCCUUAACGGAGGACAUCUUUGAUUUAAUGAUUUAAAGAAAAAGUCUGAGACAAUGUCAGCUGUUUCUAUAUAUUAAAUAUUAGCUAUUUUUCUCUUAACAAACAAGACAGCUCUUUAUAUUUGAACCUAUUUAGUUCAUGAGGAUCUCAUCUGAGUUAAAAUAAAAAAAGAAAAGAAAAAAAAGCCACACAUACCGUCUGUGUAACUGUUUUGUUGCCUGCUAUUUAUUUAUUCUUCAUUAGCUGUAUAAAGACAGGUCCACCCAAGACUCAAGUGUCUGGAUAAAAAUGAUCACAGCACAGUUCUGUUCGUCAAACAGGGCUGACCUCGGAGAGGUCUAGGUUUCAGGUUUUUCCUCUAACACCGCAUUACCCCUGUAUAGAAACCUAACUCGGUGCCAAUUUGUCCCAUUAUCCUCGCUCCUUUCCUAGAAGAAAUAGAGUGAAAAAGUUCUUUGUAACUGUAGGCAAUAAGUCAUCAGCAGUUACACGAGAGGUGAUUGUGGGAUUUAUUUUUAGUUUCCUGUUCCCAUCCAGUCAUUGUAGGAGCACGUUCAACACGGUCAUCAGCAUUCAGAACAAGUCGCCGUCAUUCAUGGGAGGCUUAUAUGAGGGGUUAAAGAGAUGAAGUUGCUCAUGUGGAAUUUCCACAGCGUGUAGAGAGAAGUAAAACAAAUUCCACUGAUUGGGAUUGAUUAUUGUGCUCCUGUCAAGCAAGACCCCCCCCCCCUUUUUUUUUCUUUCUCUCUUUUUCUAUUUAAGAAACUCUCGGUAGAGAUUAGAUUGCUUCAUAGAGGAGGUGUGUUUAGCUUGACGAGGUCAAACAUAAGCCUUUCUUUUAACGGUGCCUUCUGUAGCGCAAGGGGAUGUUUGCUCAACUGAGAAUCAGCAAGUAUUAGCAAGAGGUAGGAUGCCAGAUUAUCAGAUUUUUUCCCAUUUUAUUUCUAAAAUUUAAAACAAAAACCCAACAAACAAAAAUAAAAUAAAACAGAUGUGUUUUAGUUCAUAUUUAAGACCUCAGAUCGCUUUGAUUCCAGCACUUGCCUUGUUGAAGCUGUGUUUUUUGUAGCUAGGAGCGUAGAGGCAGCGCUUUUCCCCAAGCCACUUCAGCAGUUAAGCACUUCCUGAUAAAACUUGAAAAACACAGAAACACACCUGA